AUGGAUGUUCGGGGACGGAACCGCGGAACUGCGGCGGCCGAGAUCUCCGCUGUGGUUCCAACUUCGCAACCAAGCAACGGGAAGGAAUUCCCGACAACCAAAAACCACCUCAGCGGCCAUGCAGUUCCGCAGAAUAAUGCCGCUGGGCAGACGCCAUCGCCUCCACCUCCCUCUACAGCGAAGGGACCGCGAUAUAUACUCAUCCAAGACGACGACGACGAGCCGGCCAAUCACAGCGGCCAGAUCGCCGCUGCCGUAAUCCGCCGGCGCGUUCCCCGCAAUACCUCGGCUCAUCUCACUCCACCCCAGAUAACGCGAGCGGUGGAGGUGCAGGUGCGCAGGUGCGCGCAGAGAGAGAGAGAGAGAGAGAGAGAGAGAGAGAGAGAGAGAGAGAGAGAGGAAAAGCCAAGCUACCGACGCGCCGCGCCCACCCCAAGCUCCAACCUAACCACCGGCGAGAAGCCCUUUCACCGCUUCUCACCCUUCACCCCCUCUCCAACAACCAACCCUCGGUCUCGCCGCUCCGCCCCCAUCCCCGCAACCCCAACAGCCAACCCAACCCGCACAACCAACAACUCUCCGACCGACGUCCGCACCAUCUCGGCCGAACAACGACAAGGGAGGGAAAAAAGAAGAAGAACCAUGUCGGACACCUUCACCCCCAAAGACGUGGCCGCGCACGCGACGGUCGAGGACGGCCUGUACAUCAUCAUCGACGGCGGCGUCUACAGCCUGGCCGGCUUCGUCGACGAGCACCCGGGCGGCGCCAAGAUCCUCAAGCGCGUCGGCGGCAAGGACGCGAGCAAGCAGUUCUGGAAGUACCACAACGAGGGCGUGCUGAAGAAGUAUGCGCCUAAGCUUAAGGUGGGCGAGGUUAAGGAGGAGGCGAAGCUGUGA